AUGUCCUGCUUGGCUAUCACCUUCGAUGGUCCAAAAACCAAAAAUGGUCGACGCCUAUUCGAAAAUUUCGUCCAAGCGAACAAAUACAGUUUCUGGAACAGGGAACUUGUUCACGCAGCUGAAUCACUGAUCUUCAUGGGAUUCAUGCGACCAUGUACUGUAUUCGUUUCUGCACCGAUCACACAUCUUCACGCGUUACGAACCGCUUGGGCUCGUCGAGUGUUGAAACCAGCCGAUGGUUAUCGUAUCACUUCACUUGGUGAGAUGGGUGCGAUACAGACAGUUGAGCAGAUGCAUUUCGUGCCACUUGCCGAUGUACUUUGCGACGCGAUCGUAAGUCUAAACCGUACCGGUAAGGCGACAACAAUCGCUGCUGUUCGACAAUAUGUGAUACGAAAUUGUCCGUAUGUGGCUCCACCGACAGUUGAAAUGGUGAAAUUGACUGUGUCAAAUCUUACCGCAACAGGGCUCGUCUAUAAAAUGGGUGACCAUCUGUUCGUUUCCGUUCCAGCACAAUCUCCAUCUCAAACGAAGGUAGCCGUAGAGUGCCAGACUGGGAUGUCAAUCAUCCAGCCAGAACCGGAGAAGAAGGAACGUUUCGGUUUCAUCGCUCGUAUUUUCUCGAGAAAACCACAACAACCUUGCUCACCACAACCCGUACAGUUCUCUGCAAAGAUGGCCGUCGACGCAUGGAAUCGUAAGCCUGCGGCACAAAUUACAUCCAGAUAUCCGAAUACACGGGUAAAACAUGUCGAAGACCGUGAACAUCGACGCAUCGUUGCUGAAGAGCGCGAGCCCCGGAGGCAUCUUAAAUGCGAGCGAAUCCAAAUCAGCUCUUCUUCGGAGUGUCUCAACUACGGUCCCAUUGAUCCUCCAGAGUGUUUGCCGGGAAAAGUUGAAGUGAUUGAACACAUACGAACUCGACGUAGGCGCCGUACCAAGCGCAAAGAAAUCCGAACUUCCACUCCUGUUGAAGGUUCAGAUUCGGCCUAUUCUCCAUCUCCCGUCACAGAUUCCAAUGAAGAGCCAGGGAGUCUAAGUGAACCUGAACAAAUAAAAGAAAACCACACAUAUAUGAAUGUGGCAGCGCACAACUCGACACAAUUUGAGGAGAUUCCGACAAUUGUGUGUCCUUCCGGAUAUCCUCAGUUCCCUAACCAUCUCUAG